AUCAAUGGUCAUUCUGUUCAACUGAAGCCAGAAGCAGCAGUUUUUCUUAGGCAAAUAAAUGGCUCUCCUGAUUUUAAGCUCUUUAGUAAUUUCUAUUUUUACUUUCUUUAUCUACAUUAUUUUGGCAAGGAGAGAAAGAUUCAAACUUCGUGAGAAAAUCGGAUUAUCUGGUCCAGAGCCACAUUGGUUUUUGGGAAAUUUGAAGCAGACUGCAGAACGCAAGGAAAAACUUGGAUAUGACGAUGCAAAUAGAUGGUUUAACGAGCUUCACGAGCAGUAUGGAGAGACUUUCGGAAUUUACUAUGGGUCGCAAAUGAAUAUUGUUAUAUCAAAUGAGAAAGAUAUUAAAGAAGUUUUUAUCAAAAAUUUCUCCAAUUUUUCCGACCGAUCUGUACCUUCAAUUUACGAGGCUAAUCAGCUAACUGCAUCUUUGCUCAUGAAUUCUUACUCCUCUGGUUGGAAGCAUACACGAUCUGCAAUUGCUCCAAUAUUUUCAACGGGAAAAAUGAAGGCAAUGCAGGAAACAAUUAAUUCGAAGGUGGAUCUUUUCUUGGAUAUUUUGAGAGAAAAAGCAAGCUCCGGGCAGAAAUGGGAUAUUUAUGACGAUUUCCAAGGUCUAACCCUAGAUGUGAUUGGGAAAUGUGCAUUUGCAAUUGAUAGUAAUUGCCAGAGAGAUCGAAAUGAUGUAUUCUAUGUGAACGCAAAGAAGUACAUUUCGAACAUUGACAUCCGACACAGUAAAAUCAUUGCAGCAUCCGUUCUUCUCCCGGAACUUUCCACUUUUUGGAAAGCACUUUACAAAUACACACCACUGGCAGAUGCAGAAAUUCCACUUGUCGAAGGACUGUCAAAUGUUUACGAAAGGCGCCGUGGUGGAGAAGGAUCCGACAGUGUAGAUCUAUUAAAACUACUGUUAAAUCGAGAAGAUGACAAAUCAAAACCAAUGACAAAACAAGAAGUAAUUGAAAAUUGUUUUGCAUUUCUAUUGGCUGGUUAUGAAACAACAAGUACUGCAAUGACAUAUUGUUCAUAUCUCUUAUCAAAAUAUCCAAAUGUUCAACAGAAAUUAUAUGAAGAAAUUAUGGAAGCAAAAGAGAAUGGGGGAUUGACUUAUGAUUCAAUACAUAAUAUGAAAUAUUUGGAUUGUGUUUAUAAAGAAACUUUGAGAUUCUAUCCACCAGUCAUUCAUUUCAUCCGGCGUCUUUGUCGAGAGGAUAUUACGAUUCGUGGCCAAUUCUAUCCGAAGGGAGCAAUUGUAGUUUGCCUGCCACACACUGUCCACCGUAACCCAGAAAAUUGGGAUUCCCCCGAAGAAUUCCAUCCGGAAAGAUUUGAGAAUUGGGAAGAAAAGAGUAGCUCAUUGAAAUGGAUUCCAUUUGGUGUUGGACCAAGAUAUUGUGUUGGAAUGAGAUUUGCUGAAAUGGAAUUUAAAACCACAAUUGUCAAGUUACUGGAUACUUUUGAACUGAAACAAUUCGAAGGAGAAGCUGAUUUGAUUCCAGAUUGUAAUGGAGUUAUUAUGAGACCAAAUGAUCCUGUUAGAUUGCAUUUGAAACCGAGAAACUGAUUAUAAUAAUUAUCCAACAUUCAUUUGAAUUCCGCCAUUAAGUAUGUAUAAAAUAUCUUGUUUU